AUGUUCUCCUCGGCCCUCAAGUCCAUCUCCGCCACCAACAUCACGGCAAACUACUCCGUCGCGCCCAAUCCCACCUCAGCGGCCGGUCCCUGGAAGAUUUAUGAUGCCAAGAAGAAGUCCACCGGCAAGGCGUACAGCGUCUUUGUCUUUGACCGCAAGGCCUUGGAAUCGCACGGCAACUCCUUGGGUCGCUCCGGCGCCUCGUCGUUCAAGCGUAGCCUCGAGGGCAUCGUCGACCGGCUGAAAAAGGAGGCAUCUAGCCUGGCCAAGCUGCGCCAUCCCUCCAUUCUCGAGCUGGUGGAGCCGGUGGAAGAGACCAGAGGAGGCGGUCUGCAGUUCGUAACCGAGGCGGUCUCUGCGUCGCUGGCCAGUGUGCUUCAAGACAAGGACGAUGAGGAACAAUCAGGCGGCAGAGCAAGCCGCUUCGUGACGGAGGAUGCCGGCGGCGUGCGGCGACGGCGGGAGCUCGAGAUUGACGAGCUCGAGAUUCAAAAGGGCCUCUUGCAGGUCAGCAAGGCGCUCGAGUUCCUGCACGACAACGCCGGUCUUGUUCACGGGAACUUGACGCCUGAUGCGGUGCUCAUCAACGCCAAGAGCGACUGGAAGUUGAGCGGCCUGUCCUUUUGCAGUCCGGCAGACGCCUCCACAAAGCCAACCUCGAUCCAGGGAAUAAGCCUGGCCGAAGUGCUCAACAUGGAUCCUCGAUUGCCGAAAUCCGUCCAGCUAAACCUCGACUUUACCUCUCCCGACUUCGUCAUGGACAGUAAUCUGACAGCUGCCGCCGACAUGUUCUCCCUCGGCCUCCUUUCCAUUGCACUUUACAACUCGCCCCACAAGUCGCCUUUGGAAUGCCACGGUAGCCUGUCGUCAUACAAGCGACUCUUCUCGACAUCAUCCACGGUGCCGUCCUCGUCCAACGGCUUCCUGUCGUCUCGACCGCUGCCAAAAGAGCUAGCAAAUCAUGUACUGCCUAGAUUAAUCACGCGGCGACCAGCUCAACGAAUGAAUGCUCGCGAGUUUCAAGAGAGCGAAUAUUUCGACAACGUUCUGGUGUCCACGAUAAGAUUUCUCGACUCCUUCCCCGCCAAGACUCCCAACGAAAAGUCCCAGUUCAUGAAAGGGCUGACCAAAGUCUUGCCGUCGUUUCCCAAAUCCGUCAUGGAGAAGAAGAUUUUGCCAGCACUGCUGGAAGAGCUCAAGAACAAAGACUUGCUCUCUCUGGUUCUGCAAAACGUCUUUAAGAUUAUUGAGCUGUUGCCGUCAGCCCGCCGAGCGUUUGGGGACAAGGUCCGCCCGGCUCUGAAGGAGAUUUUCGUCAUCAACGCCAAACAGAGCCAGGAGAAGGACCCUGCCCGAGACGCUGGCUUGAUGGUUUUUCUCGAAAACCUGUCUCUUGCUGCCGAGAACUCUUCCGGCAAGGAAUUCAAGGACGAUAUACUUCCGGUGAUACUGGCGGCCAUAGAAUGCCCCACGCACUCGAUUGUGGAUGCAGCCCUGAAGACGUUGCCGUCGGUCCUGCCGGUGCUCGACUUCAGCACCAUCAAGAACGAACUCUUCCCGGUAGUGGCCACCGUCUUCAGCAAGACAAACAGUCUCGCCAUCAAAGUCCGAGGCUUGCAAGCCUUUGUCAUUCUCUGCGGCGGGUCGACUGACGCCGCCACCGACGACGGGCUCAACGGCCUCGUCGAGAACAAGAAGAAGACGUCGUCGUCGAGCGCGCUGGACAAGUAUGCCAUGCAGGAGCGGAUCGUGCCUCUGAUCAAGGCCAUCAGAACCAAGGAGCCGGCCGUCAUGCUGGCCGCUCUCAACGUGCUCAGAAUAGUGGGCGAGGUCGCGGAUGCCGAUUUUGUCGCCAUGGACAUUCUCCCGAUCCUGUGGAGCAUGAGUCUCGGCCCGCUGCUCGACUUGAGACAGUUCCAGACGUUUAUGCAGCUCAUCAAAAACCUGUCCAAGCGGGUUGAAGACGAGCAAACCAAGAAGCUGCAGGAGCUCUCCGGCACGGCCAAUCCGGGGACGGCGGGCCCCAACGAGGAUUUCCUCGCCUUUGGCGGCGUAACCGGGACUACGUUUGACGGCGGCGGCGGCGGCGGCGGCGGCGGUAAUGACGACGAUUUCGAAGCGCUAGUCAAGGGCAAGGGCGGCGUAUCCUCAUCUUGCAGCAACAGCAAUGGGUUUUCCAGCUGGGGUGAGACGCCGUCGACGGCCGGCCAAGCCUCCCCGAAAGCGGCCCAGGCCCCUUCGUUUUCGUGGUCGACGCAAACUCCCGCCGCGAGCCAGUUUACGGGGGGUGCCCAAAGCCAGCCUGGGUUCCGUACCAUCACCCCGGACUUGGCACGCUUCGGCACUCUGGCGCCCUCUUCUACACAGUACAGCCAGCCUCUGCAGCCCUCGAAGCCCUCGCAGCCCUCGCAGCCCUGGCAACCGGCCUUGCAGCCGUCGGCGCAGCAACCGGCUUCUCCGUCAUCAGUCAACUGGUCUCCCGCGGCGGCACCAAAUCCAUGGGCCUCGGCAAGCUCGUCUUCGUCGUUGGCGCCCGCCGCCGCCAGAGCCACCUACUCCAGCUACUCUGGCAGCCACGCACUAACCACAAGCCCCAACCUGAACACGUCCAUGUCAAGCAUGUCUCUCGGCCAGGCUCGCCCGGGCGGCAGCUCCCGAAACUCGUCCUUCUCCAUUCCGCCCCCGCCAGGCAGCAGCACCACCAACGUCAGCCUCGGCAUGAAACCCACGCCGGCGGCGCCGGUCCACCCCCAAGCCUGGUUGCCAAACGCCCCCGCAACCGCAGGCACCGCGGCGAGCCAACAAAAGUCCGGUUUGGACAGGUACGAAAGCCUGAUUUGA